GAGCAAACAGCGUGCUAGUUACUCAGGAGCCGGUUGGGUGUUUCCUAAGGGGAAAGUGAGCGAACUGCUGGUCCACACUUGAGCAGGAAGGAUGCAAGCGUUCAAAAAGGUGAAGCGUGCUCUUGGCAUACUGCCGGCCACUUCGAGACCUUUUAGCUUGGGACCUAGCCCGCCCAAGGGUGCGUUGGAUCGGUUUUAACUAGUAGAUGCAGAAAGAGGGUUGAGCGCAAACCUGCCAUAGUUUGUCACGGGGUGCUGGUUGAAUUCCCUUGCACGUGCUCCUCUUUAAGGAAGUUAUGGGGAACCUCAGCGUGGGGAGCGCAAGCUGGAAGCUUCAUACAAACUGGUGAAGUUGCUGCAGCGCCUAAAUAUUCUGCAGUUUUCCAGUACAACCUUUUGCAGCUCAAAUGAGUUAUCUGUAGUCUUGCCCCUUUACAAUGAAUAAGGAUGAACUAGUCACUGGACUUUGAAGCUGGUUGCUAUUAAGGUCUUGUCCGCAUCAUGAGCAGAUGGAAAAUUUUUGUGUUAAUGUUGUCACACUUCAAAGGAGGAAAAUUUAAGUAAAAUUGUCUGUCAAAUGAGUUUCAAGAAGGCAGGGGACAAGAUAAAGUGUUAAGUCUUCUAAAGCCUUUUCAGAUGUUUAUUAGAAUUGGGACCUGUUGAUGAAGGGAACUCAAAGUUGGACUGAAAAUCAAAGCUGGUUCGCAUAAAGCUGCAACUGAGGUGUUGGAGGGUGGUGUAACAAAAACGUAGCAUAGAUGGUAAGUGGAAAAUACUUGCUGACUGUAGGCAUAAAGGAGGUUAAAAGCGUCUCUAGAUAGUAGAGAAAUGAAUAGAAGAUUCUACAUAUAAAGAAUGACAACAAAAAUCUUGGAAUGACAAAGUAUACAGUUAAAAGCAGCUGUUAAAGAGCGGCUAGAUGGGACGACUGCUUCAAGGUAGGGAAGAAGAAACAGUGCAAAAGGAGCCAGACUGACAGGAGAAACAGAGUAUUUUCUUUCUAGGACUUGUGGACCUCAUCUCUUCUUGCUUCCAGAGGCUUUGAAGAGACAACUUUGUCCUGCAGGGCUAUAAACUGGGCUAGGACUGAGCGUCCUCUGUUCUGCCUUGGACCAUCAUGUUAACGACUAGCCCUGUCUGUUUUUUCCUCACGCUGACUGGGAAGUUCAUAAUCCCAAGUGCCUCCAACACAACUGCUGAAGCUGCUCGUGCUGUGGGGAGAGGCUGUGCAGCUGGUGCAGGUGGCAGAGCGGCUGUGUCAGGGCUGCCCGUGAGCCACGUCCAUGGGGGAGACUCGGCCAGAUGUGGAGCAUCGGAGGCAGGCCUGGGAGAGUCUAGGCAAAGAGCAGGAUUGUGAGCAGGCUGCUGUUUGCAUCUAGAAGAUCUGGAAGGACAGCCUGCAGCACAGAUGCAUCAAGCUUGAGAGGCAGAAGGAGAUGUUUUCUCUUGGAAUGGAAGCUGCAUGAGCUGGAUGAACUAAGCAUGAGGGAGCAGAUGGAGCAGCAGCUUCAGCCGUGGUUCCCUGAGUGCUGCUCUACCACACAACGCUUGCUGCAGCUGGAUGAGGAGCAGCUGGAUCAGCGGAAGCACUCUCGGCGUAUAAGGCCCCAGUACCACCACAGCGAGCGCAGCCUGAGCCCGGUUGGCCGGGGAUGCCAGAGCAGCCGCCUGGAGCCAUUGGAGUGCCGGGAUCUGCUGGUCCAGAAUGCGCUCUUCACUGGGGACCUGGAGAUGGUGCAGAAGUACUUCACCAAGAGUGCAGCCAUCAAUCUCAUCAUUGAGACCAAGGGCGAUGAGCUGCGCUGGACUAGCAGGAAAUUUGGACUGUGGUCUCUGAGCUAUGAGCAGGAGCUCACCACGCCGCUGCACAUCACGGCCAGCCGGGGCUACACUGACUGCCUGCACCUCCUGCUGCUCAGGGGUGCUGCCGUCAACUUUGCACCAGGCGGUAAGACUGCACUGCAUGAGGCUUGUGCAGCAGCCAGUACAGACUGCGUGCGCCUGCUGCUCAACUUUGGUGCUGACCCUGAGGCUGUCUCUGAGGAUGGCUACAAGCCCCUGCAUCUCUGCAAGAGCCCACACUCCACUGAGUGCGUCCAGCAGCUGCUGCAGCAUGGCGCCAGUGUGAACAGUCGGACAGAGGAAGAAGAUGACACAGCACUGCACGUAGCAGCACGGCAUGGCCUCACAGACCACGUCCAGCUGCUUCUGCGCUAUGGGGCAGAGCUGGAGGCAAAGAAUGAGGAGGGGCAGACGCCACUGAAUGCUGCCUGUGCUCAGCCCCAUCAACCCCAGGACAUGGACCGCUACUACCGGGUCUGCCAACUGCUGGUGGAGAGUGGUGCGAGCAUCAAUGCCGCAGAUAGGGACCGCCAGCACCCACUUCACCUGGCCUGCAAGAAUGCCAAUGCUCAAGUAGCAGAGUUACUGCUGGCCCGGGGCGCAAAUGUCAACAUCAUGAACUACAGCGGCAACACGGCACUGCACAAUAUCCUGCAAGCAACUGCCUACAAGCUAGAGCACCACCCAGAGCUUGUGGUGCAAGCCCUGCUCAACUACGGUGCCAUCCGCAUCUGGCCUGGCUCCCUCCUCAAGGUGCUGCAGUACUGCCAUACCUGCCCGCGUGUCAUCGAGGCCCUGAUGAACAGCUACGAUCACGUGCGCGUCUCCGAGGACUGGGUGGAAGUGGUUCCAGCAGAGGUUGUACAGAAAUACCCACGUUUCUACCAGUCACUUUUCUCCCUGGAGCAAAGACCUCGCUCCUUGCAGCACCUGGCUCGCUGCACACUCAGGACCUUCCUGGAGGGCCGUUUGCUUCCAGUCCUGUCUCAGCUGCACCUGCCAAGUGCCUUGCACCGUUACCUGCUGCUCAGCUUCGAGGACAUUCUUUACUAAGGGCUGCAGUUCCAGCCCUACUGUGCCUUUCUGUGCAGCUGUUCCAUCCCUGCUGGUGCAGUCUGUGCCUUCCCAGCUAACUCCUUCCCCUCGCACGCCUCCUGCCAGGCCACGUCAGCCCCCCGUGCCAAGCCUGUCGCUGCGUCCCUGCCCCAGCCAGCCUCGUGCUCUGCCUCCCACACCUAUUUUGGAGCGUUCUGUUUACCCAUGCUAACCAAGACAAACUCCAGACUCACUAAGAAAAGCAAGAUAUGGGGAUUAGGGUGUUUUGUGGGACAAGGAGCAAAUACACUGCAUUGAUCACAGUUCUAGUUGUAGGAUAUCAGCCUCCCUAUCCCAAAUCUACAAACUCUAACCUGAACCAGGCAGCUCUGGUGCCCUGGGUAUUUGCUGGGAUCCUGUCUUUAAUCAAGUUGUUUACAGUUUGUACCCAAAGAUGUAUGGAAUAAACCCUAGUCUUUCUUUAUACCUA